AUGAUCGAGAAUCCAGACGAGGACAAGAUAGCGACGGAAGAUCCCAUCCCUCCUCUCCCAAAAGAGCGACUAUCCUUCCCUCACCGCCUGAACUGUUUCCUCCAACUUUGGCUGCUCAAAUCUCUCGCCGCGCUCUACUUCCUUUACCUCCGCCUCGUCAAUCCCCCUCAGCCGGGAACUCAGCCAACUCUCACCAAGCGCUACGCCUGCCGCCCAGCGUUAGAAACCCGUAUCUUCUACCCGCGCUCCUACAACUCCGCCCAGCGCGAACUCCUUCCACUCUACCUGAACAUCCACGGCGGCGGCUUCGCGCUGUGCGAUGCCACAGUCGACGACAUCUUCUGCAGCGCCUGGUCCAACCGUACCGGAAUACUAGUCAUCAGCCUCAACUACCGCAAGGCGCCCCACCACCCUUUCCCAACAGCCACCUUUGACGUUGCCGAUGUAGCCAAAUGUGUACUAGCAGAUGGAUGCCUGCCAAUUGACCACUCACGCAUCGCUAUUGGAGGCUUCAGCGCAGGCGGCAACCUCGCGCUGUCUGUCUCGCAAUUCCCCAGUCUGAAAGGCCUGAUCAAGGCAGCGGUGAUAUACUACCCCAUCGUGGAUUUCAGCCACCCACCCAAUGAAAAGCUAAGUUCGAGGCCGUACAAAAAUGGUCCGAAGGAUACCCUGGAGAGGACCUCCUGGUGGCUGGACUGGGGGUAUGUGAGUGUAGGGCAGAAUCGGAGGGAUCCUCUGCUUAGUCCGAUUUAUGCGGGGAGGCAUGAGCUGCCACCGUGGAUUUAUAUGGUUGGGGCUCAGUGGGAUAUGCUCCGGUUAGAGGCACAGCAGAUGAUUCAUGGUUUAGCCGGGUUGGAGGAUAGAGUCGGGGUUGAGCAGGAGGAGGACUUUGAGGUGGGCAGGUAUAAAUGGACGUUGGCGAGGGGGUGUCCGCAUGGGUUUACUCAUGCGUCGCCGCGAAAGAAGGGGGGUGUUAAUAGGAGGACGAGGGAGGAGGUUGCGCAGAGGAUUUAUGAGGAGGCGCAUGAAUGGUUGAAAAAGUCUCAAGUUCUUUCUUAG